AUGCCGUUGUUAGAGGAAGUCUCGGAUGCUGAGGAUAUCGAUAACUUGGACAUGGACUUGGCCGAGUUCGAUCCCAGCCUCAGCACGCCACUAGCGCCAAAGCUGGAGAAGACCAUUGUCCGUUCGCAGGACUUGGAAGAGGAGGAAGAGGCUAGGAAAAGAGAGCAGUUGUUCCCAACGGACGACGGCUUCGACGACGGCGCGUUCACCGCGGCGGAUGCUACGAAGCCGCUGCCUGAUGAUGUCCAGGAGACGCUUAGAACGUUACAGAUCCUCUACCCGUGCUACUUUGACAAGAACAGAUCGAGACAGGAAGGGCGCCGUGUCUCCAAGGAGCUGGCGGUGGAGAACCCGCUGGCUCAGACCGUGCAAGAGGCGUGUAAUUCAUUGCACUUGAUCACGAUGCACGAGGCGACCAAGACACACCCACAGGAUUGGGGUAACCCUGGCCGUAUCCGCGUGUUGAUAAAGGAAGACGGCAAGCCCGCGAGCGUACUCGUUGACAACAAGCGUCACCUCAUGAACCAAGUCGCCAAGUACCUGAAAUCUCAUGAAACGACGUUAGAAGCCUCCAAGAAGACCGUGCUGGUGCCGGAAUUGAGGAAGAUAACACCACAGGAGAUCCCAGUUCCAAAGGGGCUGAAGAUGAACAAGAUUGUUCCACUACACAGUCCAUUGCAGUUGAACACGGAUCCAAUGUUCAAGAGCAUCUACGAA